GUGGAGGGCACCCCACACAGCAAGACUCCCCAGUGCAGCUCCCUGGUGGGAGUCAAAAGGCCUCUCCUCUUCUCAGCAGAGCUGUGGUCCAGGCCAGAGGCCAUGCUGCUGCUGGUGACUCUCGCACUCCUAGGGAGCCGCCUCUGCUGGGCACAAAAGAUGUUCGGGGUAGGAAAAGGCAGGGAUUUCAGUACCCCUGAGGACACUGAACAUGAAAUCACGGGGCUUCGGGUGUCUGUAGAUGAUCAUAUGCUUAAAAGUGUCCAGGUGAAAUUUGGAACUUACUGGGAUAGUCAACGUGGUGCUUCAGGUGGGAUCACCCAGGAAUUGAGCCUGUGGCCUGGCGAACACAUCAAUGAGAUCCAUGGCUCAUUCAAAGCAUUCCUCCAGUACCUGCUUGUGUGCACCGAUCGGGAGCGCUGCGUCUCCUUUGGGGAGAGUGUUGGCAAGCAGUUUUCUGCCUUCCCCCCAAAAGAGGGACAGGUGCUCACAGGGAUUUUUGGCCGAUAUGUAGGUGGUGGCCUCAGGGGCAUCGGCUUUACUUGGGAUUUUCCAUUAGAAGAGGCCACCAAUGCAAAACCCACUAAUACCACUUCCUCCACAAAUAGCAAUAGUGGGCAAAAAGGGGACAAGAGCUGAGGUCACUUGGGUGGAGGUAGGCUAACCGUCCUGGGGUAACUGAGU